UCAAGACCAACUAUCAGACGACUCUCUCAGAGGAUCAGCUAAUCACUCAAGACAGUCCUCAAGACCUGGCUCGGGCACCAGACGCAGAAAACGCCCAGUGUCAAAGCAUAGAGGGAAACACCAUAGCUCAGAUGAAUAUCAAAGUUCAGACACUGAUGGUGUCUUUUCUGACGAUUCACUGACUCAAUCAGAUGGAAAGCAACUUCCUCACCCUGAAAAUAAUGCAGCAACAUUAGAAGAAUUCUCAAACUUUACAAAUUCAAUGGACCAGUUGACGGCCGGCUUGGGUUCUGUGGACAAUGAUGGAUCUCAUCAGCGUGAUGUGCCUGCUUUGGAUUUAGGAACUGUCUUACAGAGAUUUUCUCAGUCUUCACAAGAUGGAGUUUUAUUUCAAGGACUUGGUGACAACCUAGAGUUAGAAGCAGGAAACAGUGACAAGGACAGUGCAAAUGUUGUCUCGGGUAAUGGCGGCAUGUCGACUGAUUUCACUCAGACUGAAGGUGGGAGUGUACAGAUGAGGCGGUCUCCUGUCAAUAUGUGGAGCUCAGAGGAAGGGGAUUCUCUGUCGCCUGUACCCUCUUCUGUCCCUCAGGAACAGCUAUACACUCGAGGUACGAGAGUUGCCUCCAAACGAUCUAACUUGGCUGUCACACCAACUGUUGUGUGGACAAAUUGUGAACAAUCAGCUUUGAUUGAUGACUGUAAGAACACUGAAAAUACAGGUGAGCCGUCAUUUGUUUCUAAAACUGGACAAAAAGGUGAAAAUGAAAAUUCAGUGAAUAGAGACAAUUCAGAUUCAGCAACUAAGAGUAGAAAUGACAACCCAAGAAGUACUAUCAAAUAUGAAGUCACCAUCAAUGAAGAUAAAACAGACAUUAGUUACAAUGUUGAAAAAACGGAAUACAGAACAUAUGGAUUAAAACCAAAAGCUGUCUCUGGUGGACAGGUAGAAAAUGCUACAGCCAUUAUUCCAGAUAGCAUCAACAUCAACCUUACAGAGACCAAAACAUUCCAAACAGAAGACCGUUAUGAGUCGGUUACAAAAGAAAAAGUGUUGUUGCAAAAGGGUGAUGGAAGUGGUAAUCGUGACACAGGUGUGAUUGUGACAGAGAAACUGUAUGAGUCCAACCAUUCACUAGAGUGUGAGGAUGUUCAGCGGGACUCAAGUGUUAGCAGGGGAAGUUCAGUGGAGCGGCAGAUUGUUGAAGAGGAUUUCAAUUCUGCUGCUUAUGUCUAUGAGGAAGAUCCGAUGCUCGGGCAAACUGAGCAUGGAGCUGAAGGGAACGUGUGUUCAGAGUAUGCAAUAGAUUCUGUGCACAGUCCCACUUCUAUCUCUGAAGAAAAUGUGUUGACAAACAAAGACAGUGAAGGUCCUGGAAGUUAUUUAAGUGUUGUUAGUAAUUCUCAAACCCUAACUGGGUCUGGUGAGAAUUGUGAAAUAGAAAGGGAAUAUUCUGAUGGACCUUGUGACAUAAGUGAUGAUAGUUUAGAUGCAGUGUCUGAUUCUUCUAGGGAUCAGAAGACAACACUUCUGCCUGGAAGCACUGGUGCCCAUGGCAUCACUGAAGGUUCUCCUAGAGACCAAAGUCAGUUGGGAACAUCAGGUACUGACAGUCAUAGAGAACUUCCUCAGUGGCAGACAGAAACUGUGCAAGUGGGAGAGAUUGAACCCUUGGACCAGAAUGCUGAGGAUGUGGAUCUUAACCUACAGGAUAGAUCAUAUUCACCAUGGGUUGUAAUAGGAAGAGCAUCCACAGAAUAUAUUGAUGAUAAUUACAGAGUGGAUGCAGCACCCUACUCAAGAGAACCUAUAGUUGAUUUACACCUUGUUGAACAAAAUGCUGUUGCCCCAAGUACAGAAAGCACCAUCCAUGUUCAAGAGAACAAAACAUCAUUUCCUGAAACCAUCAAACAAUCAUUUAUCAAUUCAAGUUCAGACAAAGAAUCUCUAUAUUUUGCUGAUGGUCGUGGGGUGUUAGCUGGUAUGAAUGAUAUGACUUUGCCCUAUGUUAGUGAUGACACAUUUGGAAGAGAUGGACCCAUGAAAUCUUCUAAUGAGACAGAGGUAAAACAUCGUACAGCUUCUUUGCAGUCUUUGCCUAGCAUAGGUAGAGGAUCAGCAACAUUCCUACAGGACAUACCUGAAGACAGUUCAGAUGAUGAACAAUCUAAGACCAAACAUGUUCAUGAGUGUGAUUGGAAAAACAAGACAAAGGAUAAAGAGAGUUCUGUCACAGGAGAAUUGUCUCAAGAAGACUCUGAAAAAGUACCUAUGUCUACCUCUGAUCUGGAUACCAAAGGUAAUGUUAUGGGGGACAGAAGUCACAGCAGAGAUCAUGUGAAUUCACAACCCCAAGAUGACAGUUUAAAUAGUAAGAGCACAGAACAGAACUUACCUUCUUCCAGUGACCAAAGUCUUGAUCAUACAUCCUUAAAGUUUGAAAAGAAUUCCGAGGAAGAUAAAGGGAUGGCUGAAUUGACUACAGACUUGAAUAGAUCCUCUCAUGAGUCUGAAAGUGUUCCUUUAGUGCGGGCUGGUUGUCAUAGUAGUGAAGUGACUCAAGAUACUAAGAUGGAUGGUUCUGGUAUACUGAGCACUGACUAUCCCGUUAAGGAUGACUUAGAACAAUCAUCAGUGUCUAUUAUUCCCCAGCUUGAUGUGAAUGUCAUUCAAGGGAAACAGUUAGGGAGUGCAGACAGAGCGGCACCUGAAAGUAAUGUUGGCAUUAUGCAACCAUCAGUGAAUGAAUGCAGUGGGAAUACAUCUGGUGAGGCUGUAUCUGUUGGUGAAAGAGAAGUGAGGACCCAAAUAUAUAGUGGUGUGCCAACAUCACCAUGUCAAAAUACAACUGAAGAUAAUCAAGUGCCUGGCAUAUUACUUGGAACAGAUCCUAUUACUGAUGUGCCUGAAAAUGAUAAUCCAAUUUGCGGACAGUCCUCAACAGCAACCAAAGAGAUAGACAUUGUUGUAUCCGACAACCGCAUUAUACCAGACAGUUUACCGGACAGUAGUUUCAGUGAUCUUGGUGUUGGGCAUGUCCCCCAUGAAGUGAUCAGGGAAUGUCCAGCAGAAUCAUCUGUCACUGCACAAGACCAAAUCAGUAGCCAACAUCGGCAAGGUCAUGUACUGCCAGACAGAACAAGCACCAAAAUGUCUGAUGAUCUCAGAGAUGACACACAAACAAUGGACUUGUAUGUUUCUAAUGAUCAGAGAAGCAGGCAACAGACUGUUGAAAAGGAAGCUGAUGCUGACAGAGAAGGCAUACAAAGGUGUAGUGAACUCAUACCUAAUGAUGAUGAGAAGGUUCCUGCAUGUGUUGACCCAAAGGAAUUGGAUAAUUUCAAGGAUGACACACAGAAGAUUGACACUCAGACAGAUGCAGUGCAUAUAUCUGAUGAAGACAGGAAAGCAUCUGGAGAUGGUGACCUGAAACAAGCUGAAUACAGGGAGGACACACAGGCACACGCUGUAUUGCCAUCUAAUGAUCACAGAAGUGAGAAGAAAGAAGCUGAAGCUCUCCGAGAAAACACACAAACAGCUUCAGUACCUGAAAAUGCUGAUGUUGGUCAGAAGGAAUCUGGUGAAUACAUGGAAGACAUAAAAACAGUUGAUCUUUACAUCGCUCAAGAUCACAGGUUUGGCCGAAAGAAUCUUGAUCAGAAGAUAUCUUAUGCUGACCAAGAAGCAUCAUCUGCUCCUGAAAGUGAUGACGUUAGACAGGUUGAGCCGAAAUCAGCUGAUUCUCUUCAGGAAGCCCAACAAACAUCUUCUGUGCAAAAUAUUGACGGGAAGAUAGCUGAUGCUCUCCAAAAAGCCAGAAAAAUUUCUUCUGAAGCUGAUGACAGCAGACAAGCAUCUAGAGAUGUUGACCAGGAGGAAUCUGAUGACUACAGGGAACACACAGAAACUGUGGAUAUUUUUGUAUCUGAUGAUGAAAGAAUUGGGCAACAGAGUAGAAAGAUGGAACCUGGUACUCACCAAGAAACCACACCAGUUGUUCAUAUACAUGAUUCUGAUGAUGUGAGAAAUGUGCCUUCAGAUGUUGACCAGAAGGAGGCUGAUGCUUACAGGGAACACACAGACACAAUUGAUUUGUUCAUAUCUGAUGGUCAAAGACUUCAACAACAGAAUGUUGAUGGGAAUAAAGCUGAUGCUCUCCAUAAAGCUGAAGAAACAUCUUUUGUAACUGAAACUGAUGCCAGCAGAAAAGCAUCUACAGAUGUUGACCAGGAGGAAUCUGAUGAUUACAGGGAACACACAGAGACUGUGGAUAUCUUUGUAUCUGAUGAUCAGAGAAUUGGGCAACAGAGUAGUAGGAUGGAACCUGGUACUCACCAAGAAACCACACCAGCUGUUCAUGUACAUGAUUCUGAUGAUGUGAAGAAUGCACCUUUAGAUGUUGACCAGAAGGAGGCUGAUGAUUACAGGGAACACACAGAGACUGUGGAUACUUUUGUAUCUGAUGAUCAACAACAGAAUGUUCAUGGGAAGACAACUGAUGCACCCCACAAAGCCAGAGAAACAUCUUCUGAACCUGAAGCUGAUGACAGCCGACAAGCAUCUACAGACAUUAACCAGGAGGAAUCCAAUGAUUACAGAGAACACACAGAGACUGUGGAUAUUUUUGUAUCGGAUGAUGAAAGAAUUGGGCAACAGAGUAGAAAGAUGGAACCUGGUACUCACCAAGAAACAAGACCAGCGGUUCAUGUACAUGGUUCUGAUGAUGUGAAAAAUGUACCUUCAGAUGUUGACCAGAAGGAGGCUGAUGAUUACAGAGAACACACAGAGACUGUGGAUAUUUUUGUAUCUGAUGAUCAAAGAAUUCGCCAACUGAAUGAUGGGAAGAUAGCUGAUGCUCUCCACACAGUCAGAGAUACAUCUCCUGUACGUGAAACUGAUGCCGACAGAAAAGUAUCUACAGAUGUUGACCAGAAGGAAGCUGAUGAUUACAGGGAACACACAGAAACUGUGGAUAUCUUUGUAUCUGAUGAUCAACAACAGAAUGUUCAUGGGAAGACAACUGAUGCACCCCACAAAGCCAGAGAAACAUCCUCUGUAACUGAAGCUGAUGACAACACAAAUGCACCAACAGAUGUUGACCAACAGGAAUCUGAUGAUUACAGGGAACACACAGAGACUGUGGAUAUUUUUGUAUCGGAUGAUGAAAGAAUUGGGCAACAGAGUAGAAAGAUGGAACCUGGUACUCACCAAGAAACAAGACCAGCGGUUCAUGUACAUGGUUCUGAUGAUGUGAAAAAUGUACCUUCAGAUGUUGACCAGAAGGAGGCUGAUGAUUACAGGGAACACACAGAGACUGUGGAUAUUUUUGUAUCUGAUGAUCAAAGAAUUCGCCAACUGAAUGAUGGGAAGAUAGCUGAUGCUCUCCACACAGUCAGAGAAACAUUUCCUGUAUGUGAAACUGAUGCCGACAGAAAAGUAUCUACAGAUGUUGACCAGAAGGAAGCUGAUGAUUACAGGGAACACACAGAAACUGUGGAUAUCUUUGUAUCUGAUGAUCAACAACAGAAUGUUCAUUGGAAGACAACUGAUGCACCCCACACAGCCAGAGAAACAUCCUCUGUAACUGAAGCUGAUGACAGCAGACAAGCAUCUACAGACAUUAACCAGGAGGAUUCCAAUGAUUACAGAGAACACACAGAGACUGUGGAUAUUUUUGUAUCGGAUGAUGAAAGAAUUGGGCAACAGAGUAGAAAGAUGGAACCUGUAUGUGAAACUGAUGCCGACAGAAAAGUAUCUACAGAUGUUGACCAGAAGGAAGCUGAUGAUUACAGGAAACACACAGAAACUGUGGAUAUCUUUGUAUCUGAUGAUCAACAACAGAAUGUUCAUGGGAAGACAACAGAUGCACCCCACACAGCCAGAGAAACAUCCUCUGUAACUGAAGCUGAUGACAACACAAAUGCACCAACAGAUGUUGACCAACAGGAAUCUGAUGAUUACAGGGAACACACAGAGACUGUGGAUAUUUUUGUAUCGGAUGAUGAAAGAAUUGGGCAACAGAGUAGAAAGAUGGAACCUGUCAGAGAUACAUCUCCUGUACAUGAAACUGAUGCCGACAGAAAAGUAUCUACAGAUGUUGACCAGAAGGAAGCUGAUGAUUACAGGGAACACACAGAAACUGUGGAUAUCUUUGUAUCUGAUGAUCAACAACAGAAUGUUCAUGGGAAGACAACUGAUGCACCCCACACAGCCAGAGAAACAUCCUCUGUAACUGAAGCUGAUGACAACACAAAUGCACCAACAGAUGUUGACCAACAGGAAUCUGAUGAUUACAGGGAACACACAGAGACUGUGGAUAUUUUUUUGUAUCGGAUGAUGAAAGAAUUGGGCAACAGAAUGUUGACCAGAAGGAGGCUGAUGAUUACAGGGAACACACAGAGACUGUGGAUAUUUUUGUAUCUGAUGAUCAAAGAAUUCAGCCAACUGAAUGAUGGGAAGAUAGCUGAUGCUCUCCACACAGUCAGAGAAACAUUUCCUGCACGUGAAACUGAUGCCGACAGAAAAGUAUCUACAGAUGUUGACCAGAAGGAAGCUGAUGAUAACAGGGAACACACAGAAACUGUGGAUAUCUUUGUAUCUGAUGAUCAACAACAGAAUGUUCAUUGGAAGACAACUGAUGCACCCCACACAGCCAGAGAAACAUCCUCUGUAACUGAAGCUGAUGACAGCAGACAAGCAUCUACAGACAUUAACCAGGAGGAUUCCAAUGAUUACAGAGAACACACAGAGACUGUGGAUAUUUUUGUAUCGGAUGAUGAAAGAAUUGGGCAACAGAGUAGAAAGAUGGAACCUGGUACUCACCAAGAAACAAGACCAGCAGUUCAUGUACAUGGUUCUGAUGAUGUGAAAAAUGUACCUUCAGAUGUUGACCAGAAGGAGGCUGAUGACUACAGGGAACACACAGAGACUGUGGAUAUUUUUGUAUUGGGUGAUCAAAGAAUUCGCCAACAGAAUGAUGGGAAGAUAGCUGAUGCUCUCCACACAGCCAAAGAAACAUCUUCAGUAUGUGAAACUGAUGCCGACAGAAAAGUAUCUACAGAUGUUGACCAGAAGGAAGCUGAUGAUUACAGGGAACACACAGAGAAAAUUGAUUUGUUCAUAUCUGCUGAUCAAAGAAUUCGACAACAGAAUGUUGAUGGGAAGGCAGCUGAUGCUCUCCACACAGCCAGAGAAACAUCUUCUGUACUUGAAAGUGAUGACAGCAGUAAUGCAUCUAGAGAUGUUGACCAGGAGGAAUCUGAUGAUUACAGGGAACACACAGAGACAAUUGAUUUGUUCAUUUCUGCUGAUCAAAGAAUUCAACAACAGAAUGUUCAUGGGAAGACAACAGAUGCUCUCCACACAGCCAGAGAAGCAUCUUCUGUACCUGAAGCUGAUGACAGCACUAAUGCAUCUAGAGAUGUGGACCAAGAGGAAUCUGAUGAUUUCAGGGAACACACAGAGACUGUGGAUAUAUUUGUGUCUGGUAAUCAAAGAAUUCGACAAGAUAAUAUUCAUGGGAAGACAACUGAUGCUCUCCAAACAGCCAGAGAAACAUCUGUACCUGAAACUGAUAACAGCAGACAAGCAUCUUCAGAUGUUGACCAAGAGGAAUCUGAUGACUACAGGGAACACACAGAGACACUUGAUUUGUUCAUAUCUGAUGAUCAAAGAAUUCGACAACAGAAUGUUCAUGGGAAGAUAGCUGAUGCUCUCCACACAGCCAGAGAAACAUCUUCAGUACGUGAAACUGAUGCCAGCAGAAAAGUAUCUACAGAUGUUGACCAGAAGGAAGCUGAUGAUUACAGGGAACACACAGAGACAGUUGAUUUGUUCAUAUCUGCUGAUCAAAGAAUUCGACAGCAGAAUGUUGAUGAGAAGGCAGCUGAUGCUCUCCACACAGCCAGAGAAACAUCUGUACCUGAAACUGAUGCCAGCAGACAAGCAUCUUCAGAUGUUGACCAAGAGGAAUCUGAUGAUUACAGGGAACACACAGAGACAGUUGAUUUGUUCAUAUCUGCUGAUCAAAGAAUUCGACAGCAGAAUGUUGAUGAGAAGGCAGCUGAUGCUCUCCACACAGCCAGAGAAACAUCUGUACCUGAAACUGAUGCCAGCAGACAAGCAUCUUCAGAUGUUGACCAAGAGGAAUCUGAUGAUUACAGGGAACACACAGAGACAGUUGAUUUGUUCAUAUCUGAUGAUCAAAGAAUUCGACAACAGAAUGUUCAUGGGAAGACAACUGAUGCUCUCCACACAGCCAGAGAAACAUCUUCUGUACAUGAAACUGAUGCCGGCAGAAAAGUAUCUACAGAUGUUGACCAGAAGGAAGCUGAUGAUUACAGGGAACACACAGAGACAAUUGAUUUGUUCAUAUCUGCUGAUCAAAGAAUUCGACAGCAGAAUGUUGAUGAGAAGGCAGCUGAAGCUCUCAAGACAGCCAGAGAAACAUCUGUACCUGAAACUGAUAACAGCAGACAAGCAUCUUCAGAUGUUGACCAAGAGGAAUCUGAUGACUACAGGGAACACACAGAGACACUUGAUUUGUUCAUAUCUGAUGAUCAAAGAAUUCGACAACAGAAUGUUCAUGGGAAGAUAGCUGAUGCUCUCCACACAGCCAGAGAAACAUCUUCAGUACGUGAAACUGAUGCCAGCAGAAAAGUAUCUACAGAUGUUGACCAGAAGGAAGCUGAUGAUUACAGGGAACACACAGAGACAAUUGAUUUGUUCAUAUCUGAUGAUCAAAGAAUUCGACAGCAGAAUGUUGAUAAGGCAGCUGAUGCUCUCCACAAAGCCAAAGAAACAUCUUCUGUACUUGAAAGUGAUGACAGCAGUAAUGCAUCUUCAGAUGUUGACCAAAAGGAAUCUGAUGAUUACAGGGAACACACAGAGACAAUUGAUUUGUUCAUUUCUGCUGAUCAAAGAAUUCGACAACAGAAUGUUCAUGGGAAGACAACAGAUGCUCUCCACACAGCCAGAGAAUCAUCUUCUGUACCUGAAGCUGAUGACAGCAGUAAUGCAUCUAGAGAUGUGGACCAAGAGGAAUCUGAUGAUUUCAGGGAACACACAGAGACUGUGGAUAUAUUUGUGUCUGGUAAUCAAAGAAUUCGACAAGAGAAUGUCAAUGAGAAAACAACAGAUACUCCCUACAAAGCCAAAGCAUCAUCUCCAGUACAUGAAACUGAUGACAGCAGACACAUGUCUACAGAAUUUGGCCAGAAGGAAGCAAAUGACUACAGGGAACACACAGAGACUGUGGAUAUUUUUGUAUUGGGUGAUCAAAGAAUUCGCCAACAGAAUGUUGAUGAGAAGGCAGCUGAUGCUCUCCACACAGCCAGAAAAACAUCUUCUGUACCUGAAGCUGAUGACAGCAGUAAUGCAUCUAGAGAUGUUGACCAGGAGGAAUCUGAUGAUUACAGGGAACACACAGAGACAAUUGAUUUGUUCAUAUCUGCUGAUCAAAGAAUUCGACAGCAGAAUGUUGAUGAGAAGGCAGCUGAAGCUCUCAAGACAGCCAGAGAAACAUCUGUACCUGAAACUGAUAACAGCAGACAAGCAUCUUCAGAUGUUGACCAAGAGGAAUCUGAUGACUACAGGGAACACACAGAGACACUUGAUUUGUUCAUAUCUGAUGAUCAAAGAAUUCGACAACAGAAUGUUCAUGGGAAGAUAGCUGAUGCUCUCAACACAGCCAGAGAAAAAUCUUCAGUACGUGAAACUGAUGCCGGCAGAAAAGUAUCUAGAGAUAUUGACCAAAAGGAAGCUGAUGAUUACAGGGAACACACAGAGACAAUUGAUUUGUUCAUAUCUGAUGAUCAAAGAAUUCGACAACAGAAUGUUGAUGGGAAGACAGCUGAUGCUCUCCACACAGCCAGAGAAACAUCUUCUGUACAUGAAACUGAUGCCGGCAGAAAAGUAUCUACAGAUGUUGACCAGAAGGAAGCUGAUGAUUACAGGGAACACACAGAGACAAUUGAUUUGUUCAUAUCUGAUGAUCAAAGAAUUCGACAGCAGAAUGUUGAUAAGGCAGCUGAUGCUCUCCACAAAGCCAGAGAAACAUCUUCUGUACAUGAAACUGAUGCCGGCAGAAAAGUAUCUAGAGAUGUUGACCAGAAGGAAGCUGAUGAUUACAGGGAACACACAGAGACAAUUGAUUUGUUCAUUUCUGCUGAUCAAAGAAUUCGACAACAGAAUGUUCAUGGGAAGACAACAGAUGCACUCCACACAGCCAGAGAAGCAUCUUCUGUACCUGAAGCUGAUGACAGCACUAAUGCAUCUAGAGAUGUGGACCAAGAGGAAUCUGAUGAUUUCAGGGAACAUACAGAGACUGUGGAUAUAUUUGUGUCUGGUAAUCAAAGAAUUCGACAAGAGAAUGUCAAUGAGAAAACAACAGAUACUCCCUUCAGAGCCAAAGCGUCAUCUCCAGUACUUGGAACUGAUGACAGCAGACACAUGUCUACAGAUGUUGACCAGAAGGAAGAUGAUGACUACAGGGAACACACAGAGACUGUGGAUAUUUUUGUAUUGGGUGAUCAAAGAAUUCGCCAACAGAAUGAUGGGAAGAUAGCUGAUGCACCCCACAAAGCUAGAGAAACAUCCUCUGUAACUGAAUCUGAUGACAGCACACAUGCACCAACAGAUGUUGACCAGGAGGAAUCUGAUGAUUACAGGGAACACACAGAGACUGUGGAUAUUUUUGUAUCGGAUGAUCAAAGAAUUGGGCAACAGAGUAGAAAGAUGGAACCUGGUACUCACCAAGAAACAAGACCAGCGGUUCAUGUACACGGUUCUGAUGAUGUGAAAAAUGUACCUUCAGAUGUUGACCAGAAGGAGGCUGAUGAUUACAGAGAACACACAGAGACUGUGGAUAUUUUUGUAUCUGAUGAUCAAAGAAUUCGCCAACUGAAUGAUGGGAAGAUAGCUGAUGCUCUCAACACAGCCAGAGAAACAUCUUCUGUACGUGAAACUGAUGCCGGCAGAAAAGUAUCUACAGAUGUUGACCAGAAGGAAGCUGAUGAUUACAGGGAACACACAGACACAAUUGAUUUGUUCAUAUCUGCUGAUCAAAGAAUUCAACAGCAGAAUGUUGAUGAGAAGGCAGCUGAUGCUCUCCACACAGCCAGAGAAACAUUUUCUGUACUUGAAACUGAUAACAGCAGACAAGCAUCUUCAGAUGUUGACCAAGAAGAAUCUGAUGACUACAGGGAACACACAGAGACUGUGGAUAUUUUCGUUUCUGAUGAUCAAAGAAUUCGCCAACAGAAUGAUGGGAAGAUAGCUGAUGCUCUCCACACAGCCAGAGAAACAUCCUCUGUAAAUGAAAUUGAUGCUAGCAGAAAAGCAUCUAAAGAUGUUGGCCAGAAGGAAGAUGAUGAUUACAGGGAAUCCACAGAGGCAGUUGAUAUUUUCGUAUCUGAUGAUCAAAGAAAUCGACAACAAAAUGUUGAUAAGAAGAUAGAUGAUGCUCUCCACAAAGCCAGAGAGACAUCAUCUGUACCUGAAUCUGAUGACAGCACUAAAGCACCUUCAGAUGUUGACCAGGAGGAAGAUGAUGAUUUCAGGGAACAUACAGAGACUGUGGAUAUAUUUGUGUCUGGUAAUCAAAGAAUUCGACAAGAGAAUGUCAAUGAGAAAACAACAGAUACUCCCUUCAGAGCCAAAGCGUCAUCUCCAGUACUUGGAACUGAUGACAGCAGACACAUGUCUACAGAUGUUGACCAGAAGGAAGAUGAUGACUACAGGGAACACACAGAGACUGUGGAUAUUUUUGUAUUGGGUGAUCAAAGAAUUCGCCAACAGAAUGAUGGGAAGAUAGCUGAUGCACCCCACAAAGCUAGAGAAACAUCCUCUGUAACUGAAUCUGAUGACAGCACACAUGCACCAACAGAUGUUGACCAGGAGGAAUCUGAUGAUUACAGGGAACACACAGAGACUGUGGAUAUUUUUGUAUCGGAUGAUCAAAGAAUUGGGCAACAGAGUAGAAAGAUGGAACCUGGUACUCACCAAGAAACAAGACCAGCGGUUCAUGUACACGGUUCUGAUGAUGUGAAAAAUGUACCUUCAGAUGUUGACCAGAAGGAGGCUGAUGAUUACAGGGAACACACAGAGACUGUGGAUAUUUUUGUAUCUGAUGAUCAAAGAAUUCGCCAACUGAAUGAUGGGAAGAUAGCUGAUGCUCUCAACACAGCCAGAGAAACAUCUUCUGUACGUGAAACUGAUGCCGGCAGAAAAGUAUCUACAGAUGUUGACCAGAAGGAAGCUGAUGAUUACAGGGAACACACAGACACAAUUGAUUUGUUCAUAUCUGCUGAUCAAAGAAUUCAACAGCAGAAUGUUGAUGAGAAGGCAGCUGAUGCUCUCCACACAGCCAGAGAAACAUUUUCUGUACUUGAAACUGAUAACAGCAGACAAGCAUCUUCAGAUGUUGACCAAGAAGAAUCUGAUGACUACAGGGAACACACAGAGACUGUGGAUAUUUUCGUUUCUGAUGAUCAAAGAAUUCGCCAACAGAAUGAUGGGAAGAUAGCUGAUGCUCUCCACACAGCCAGAGAAACAUCCUCUGUAAAUGAAAUUGAUGCUAGCAGAAAAGCAUCUAAAGAUGUUGGCCAGAAGGAAGAUGAUGAUUACAGGGAAUCCACAGAGGCAGUUGAUAUUUUCGUAUCUGAUGAUCAAAGAAAUCGACAACAAAAUGUUGAUAAGAAGAUAGAUGAUGCUCUCCACAAAGCCAGAGAGACAUCAUCUGUACCUGAAUCUGAUGACAGCACUAAAGCACCUUCAGAUGUUGACCAGGAGGAAGAUGAUGAUUACAUGGAAGAUACAGAGACAAUUGAUUUGUUUCUAUCCAAUUAUCGCAAAAGUUGGCAACAGACUGCCAAGAAGACCCCUCAAUCUCACCAAAGAGACACUGUUACAGUUAAUGAACAUGGAGCUGAGAAUGAACAUCAUGGUGCUGGCCAGGUAGAUUCUGAUGAUUACAGGGAAGACACAGAGACAGUUGAUUUGUUCAUAUCUGAUGAUCACAGAAUUCAGCAACAGAAAGUUGAUGAGAAAGAACCUGAAACCCUCUUAGCACACGCCAGAAACAGAGAGUGUCCUGUAAUAUCUGGAUCAGAGCCAAGUCUGUCGGUGCAUAAUGCUAAAACAAAAGAGGACAGGGACAUUUUAGAACUUGUUUCGAACAUUGACAAUAUUGAAACUGAGACUGAAAGAAAAGCUUUACGUAAGGAAGUUAAAGAAGAAAUUAAGAAGCUGAAAUACAAGGAUCAGAGUGACUCCGCCAUAAGUUCUGACUACACUGACCUUGAAUCUUCAUCCCCAAGAAGUAGCCAAAGCAAAGAACAAGACUCACCCAAACAUAUCUACCAACAGCAAGUUCAAAUUGGACAAACAUUUCAUCAAACAAUGCCACAUAGAGACUUCCUAAAACUAGUUGCCAAGGAUGAAGAACAGGAAAGGGCCUCACUGAAAGAUUCAGGAAAUGUGUAUGAUGCAGAUGAGGUAGACCAGCCGCAAGGAGAAUCUUACUUAUGGGAAUUAAAACAGACAAGAAACAAGGCAGAUGUUAAAGUGCUGCAGGCUGUGGAAACAGGUAUGACAAUCCAGACUCACACUGAAGAUAGUCAUCAAGGAGACAUGGAGGGUGAUUCUCAUUCACUUUCAAACAUAGACGUGUUGGAAAGACAAAGUUCUAGUAUCAGAAAUGUUCAUGAUCGUGAAAGUUCUGUGACAAACCAAGGGGGAUAUGCAAUGUCGAAACAAAGGCCUCUGUCAAUGUCAAAUAUUGCUGAUCAAGAACUUCCAAAUCAGUCCUUCACGCAUAAAUCUCUUACUCCUGCUCCCCAAUUAGAUGACAUAGGGUCAGUUGGUGAAGUUAAAGCAAACGAUGAUGCAGCCCAGUUGCUAAUGGCAUCAGAACACUUGCCCAAAUAUUUAGGGUCAGAGACAGUGCAAAGAUCUCUCCCAGCUAGUAUAGAAGCAGUUGAUAAAUACAAGCAAUCUGAAGAGAAAAAUGAAUCAGUUAUCCCUGAUGAUAGAGAUGGAAGUCACAACACAAACAGUCAUGACCUUGAAGGUUUCACAAAUCAACAUGCUCCUGCUGAGGAUAGGGACAAUUCAUACACAUUCUCCUCACAUUACCAACCAGCCACAGUGGAUCCAAGUAUAUCAAAUAGGAUCACCAUAAGUCAUAGACAUGAAGCAGACUGGCAGACUGAGAAAAGUCCUGAGAAAAGGGAGGUAAUGGUUCAUUCUUCACAUGCAGCAGCUGGAUAUGAUUCCCAGGGUCUUCCAAAAGCACCAUCAGCUGAUAUUGUUGAUAAAUACACAUCCUAUGAAGGUCAGCAUGUAGAUUCUGUUGAUAGGACAAUGCAGGCAUCAGAAAGUGUCGUAUUGGAACUAAAGACUCCAUCAAUGGCUGAAAAAUCAUCAAGACAGAUCUCUGAGAUAUAUGGCAAGCAGAGCCAUGAGGGCGUCAACCACCACACCAACUACCCCCAGACGAUGGACAGUUUGGAAGGAGGCUUACCUAUACUCUCAGAAGCCCACACCCAGCUAACAAGCAGUGCACAAACAGAUUCAGAAAUCUUCCUCCCCAGGGAUGAGGAGGUGAUGACAAUGGUGUGGGACAAGAGGUUCAACCAUGUUCUCAGAAGUUCAACCAUGUUCUCAGAAGGGGACAGGCAGCUAACAAGAAGUGCUCAAACAGAUUCAGAAUUCUUCAUUUCAAGUGAUGACAAUGGUGAUGGGAGAGCCCCACAAUCUACAGUGCAGGAUGCCUCUGUAUCUGCUGACUUCACACAUUAUGACAGUGUGACAAGAGGUUCAACCAUGUUCUCAGAAGUGGACAGGCAGCUAACAAGAAGUGCUCAAACAGAUUCAGAAUUCUUCAUUUCCAGUGAUGACAAUGGUGAUGUGAGAGUCCCACAAUCUACAGUACAGGAUGCAUCUGUGUCUGCAGACUUUACACAUUAUGACAGUGUGACAAGAGGUUCAACCAUGUUCUCAGAGGUGGACAGGCAGCAAACAAGAAGUGCUCAAACAGAUUCAGAAUUCUUCAUUUCCAGUGAUGACAAUGGUGAUGGGAGAGUCCCACAAUCUGCAGUGCAGGAUGCAUCUGUGUCUGCAGACUUCACAGAUUAUGACAGUGUGACAAGAGGUUCAACCAUGUUCUCAGAGGUGGACAGCCAGCUAUCAAGAAGUGCUCAAACAGAUUCAGAAUUGUUUGUCUCCAGUAAUGACAAUGGUGAUGGGAGAGUCCCACAAUCUGCAGUGCAGGAUGUGUCUGUGUCUACUGACUUUACAGAUUAUGACAGUGUGACAAGAGGUUCAAAUAUGUUCUCAGAGGCAGACAGCAAGCUAUCAAGAAGUGCUCAAACAGAUUCAGAAAUCUUCCUCUCCUGGGAUGAGGAGGGUGAUGGGAAGGUCCAACAAUCUAAAAUGCAAGAUGCCUCUGUAUCUGCAGACUUCACAGAUUAUGACAGUGUGACAAGAGGUUCAACCAUGUUCUCAGAGGUGGACAGCCAGCUAUCAAGAAGUGCUCAAACAGAUUCAGAAUGGUUUGUCUCCAGUGAUGACGAUGGUGAUGGUAAAGUCCAACAAUCUGCAGUGCAGGAUGUGUCUGUGUCUGCAGACCUUACAGAUUAUGUUGGUGUUGGUGUACAAACUGAUGACAAACAGGAAUCAUCAUUCACGGAGAUGAUACCACACUUGAAACAGUUCCCACAUACUGUUACAAAGGACAGUAUCAGAAAUCAACAUAAUGAACAUCAAUCAGUUGAAACUCAACAAAAUAGGGAACAUGCUAUACCAGACUUAAGCUCAACCAGUGUUUGGGCUCAAACAAAAGAGGAUGAUUCUCAAAAGGAGAAGUCAUUUGAGACAAGAACCAGUGUUCAAACAGAGAGUGAUAUAUAUGGCACUGAUAGAUUUGGAAGUUCUGAAUAUAGGAUUUCCCUGAACAAGAAAAGUGAAUCAGAUAUUGCUAAUGUUUCAAGUUCAGGACCUGUUUAUCAUCAUGAGGUGACAUCAUCAGUAUCAAGAAGCCUAAAACUAACUGAAGCAAGUAAUUUAGAUCCUUCGCUUCAAACAAAUCCUGGUUCAUAUACAGAUGAGGAAUCUCCUCAAGAUCAUGUGAGUGAUAGGACUUCCAUAAGAAAUAUACAGAGUGAUGCAUUGUCUCUUCCACCUGUGCUAACAUCUGUAGGCAAAGAUAUUGAUGGGCUAAGAAGAGAACAUUCACGGAUGAUGGAACUUCUGGAACGUUCACGGGAAAAGUCCACAACUCUGUCACCAAAAUCAAAAGGGUCCCCACCAUCCUCCUCCUCAAGUAGUAUGUCCCCAGUUACAGUCAUUGAACAAGGUGGUUCCAACAAUGGCAGCUUGGAAGGCAGUCCACCAGAGACUCAGAGAGAUAGACCAGCACACACUGAUCAGCAAGACUCACAACUGAACCGAGAAGAAAUACUGAAGUCAUUAGAAGUUGAGGACCUUACUCUAAGAAUUGGAACUGCAACUGAACAAGCCUGUAAGAGUCCAAGUAACAGCUUUGAACAUGAAAAUCAAAAAGAAGGUUUCUUGCCAUCAUCUGAUUCUGCAGAUCAGAAUUUUGAUACCACAACACUGAUGAGCAAGAAUAAAAGCAGUGAAAAGGACAGUGAAGACAAACAGUCAAAUAUGACAGAAUCAAAAACCAUGAGUGCUAGCAUGUGUGAAACAACUCAAACAACUGAACCUGUUUCAGUAAAUGACUGCUCACAGACUCCACAUCCACGUGCAAGUGCAACACAGACAUCCCAUAGAUUUGAUUAUGUGAACAACCUGAGCCCUCCUCAGAUUCAUAUUAAUAUAAAUGAUGAGGAUGUUGUUGAAGACAUUCUCAGUGACAACUCUACUACGCCCUGUAUGUCACCAUCAACUGUGCCAGAGAUAAUUGAUGACAAUAGCUAUGUGUCGCCCAGUGGUAAUCCAUCACACACCAUGACCAGAUCAAGCAGGAGAUACGUGAGCACAGGAGUGGAGGCAUGUGUAGAUAGUUCCGAUGAAUUCACACAGACGGAUUAUGAAGAUUCCACCUUGGACUCGAGCUUUAGCAGUGACAAAUAUCGUCAGACUUCUGUGAAGUCAACAUCAACUGACUCUGUCAGAAUUCAGUCAGAACUAGAAAGACUUGAAAGGGAACGAAUAGAAAUCAUUGAGCUGCUAUCGCUGAAUUACUUGCCCUCGAGCCUCACUGUGGAGCUACUGGAAGCAAAGAUGAACUAUUGUAUUGGACAGACAGAUAUGUUACUUGCCUCUCUGGAAGAUUCAUGGGAUAAAGAAUAUACUGAACUAACAUCAAGUAAUGCUGGGCUAAGUAGAGUCACCAAAGAAUAUGUUUCCAACUACAGACAGCAAUUCAAAGAGUCCAGACGGGAAAUGGCAGCUGCUAUUGAAACAAAGCAGCGUCUGAAAUCUCGAGGCAGAGGAAGGAGGAAGGCUAGAAACAGUGACAUUCUAAAGAUGAAAAGGAGAGCUGAGAUUGAGUCAUUCAAACUGGAGAGAUUACGGGAACAAGAAAUGCAUCAGAGAACUCGUAGUUACAGUCCUCUAAAGCAAUAUGUACCUGCGGCCACAGGGAGAGGACGGAGUUCUCCAGGAUCUGAACAGUCUUCACAGGAAUUUAAGUAUAUGACACCCAAGCAGCGCAAGAAGCACCUUGUCAGCCUCAGGAAGAAGAUAGUAGCGGAGUCGGAGGAUGAACUUCAUCACCUCAGAUCAAGAUCAGUGUCACCAAUAUCAGACUACUACUUGACUGAAUCCCGGUACUCACUGAAUUCCUCCAGAGAAUCCAGCUUCUCCCCCGACAGAACACUUUCCCCUCAAAUGUACAAUCACCAUGGCUACAGUACACAUGGAACAAAUGAAUCAAGGGACAUUUAUAUGGAGUCAAUGUACAGACCCCACAGUACAGGUUCCAUCUACAACCACUACAGUGUCGACCGUCCCCCUUCUCGGAGCGUGUCUGCAGCCCAGAUCAUGUCGAACGGCGUUGACCCUGAUCAGAUGAUACAGGAGACUGCCAUCAUCAGACAGCUGAACCAGAGGCAGAUUCUGGAGGCACAGUCUUCACUGAGGCAACUGGAAGCCAGGCAGAGGCUGAUGUCAAUGCCCAUGACCAGCUUCCUUUUCUGCAUCGAAUGCACCACGGAGAGCUAG